AAGGGGCAGAACCGCCAGCCUCCCGGGGGCGGGCCCCGGCACAGACCCCCGCCCGCCUCCCCUCAGCACCGCCGGCCGUUGCCGGUGCCCGCCGGCCGUGAGGCGGGGCCGCGGGGCGCGUGCCGGCAACGUGCCCGCGUUGAGGCGGUGGCGGCGACGGGACAGAUGGAGCCCGGCUGCGACGGACACACGGAGCCCGACGGCGCGACCACAAAUCAGAUGCAAACAGAAUCUUUAUCUUCAUCUCCAAACGCUGUGUCACCAGUGCCGUUAAAUAAUCUGAUCAGUGUUCCAGGGGUUGGAAGAAUUACUCCAAACCGCAUCUUUGUAGGAGGAAUUGGUUUUAAGACUAAAGAAAGUGAUCUGAGGAAGUUUUUUGCUCAGUAUGGCAGUGUGAAAGAAGUGAAGAUAGUAAAUGACAGAGCUGGAGUAUCAAAAGGGUAUGGCUUUGUUACUUUUGAAACCCAAGAAGAUGCGCAGAAGAUUUUGCAAGAGGCUAAAAAUCUUAAUUAUAGGGAUAAGAAAUUGGAUAUUGGCCCAGCAAUAAGAAAACAACAUAUACGAAGUUCUGGUUCUGCUGUAGUACCAGAAGCUGGUACAAUGUACUUAACUACUUCAAGUGGAUAUCCUUACAUUUACCAUAAUGGAGUGGCUUAUUUUGAUAUGCCUGAGGUUGCUUCUGUUUCACAGUCAUUGCCAUUGCGCUCUGCUUCCAGUUCACCGAUGAUGGUAGCUCAACCAGUUUAUCAGUCUCCUGCAUACCACUAUCAGGCAUCAACCCAGUUACUUCCAAGCCAGUGGCAGUGGUCUGUUCCCCAGUCUCCUGCCUCUUCACCUUCAUUCUUGUAUCUGCAACCAUCUGAAGUCGUUUAUCAGCCGGUAGGGAUCACCCAGGACAGUGGCUGCAUACCUACUCUUGUCCUGGUGGAAGCUGCAGUUCCUGAGCUGUAUUCUGAUCAUGGUGUUCAAGCCCCGUAUCAGCCCUAUGCCCAGAAUGCCAUAGCUAUGCCUGUACCUACACUAUGGAACGUUCACUAUUAAGCCAUUUGGGCGGCUCUACUCUACCUGUCCUGAUUUCCUUGUCCAGUCCUUUCCAUAUGACUGCGAUCCAUCCUCACCAUACCAGCCAGCAGCCACCUCUUGGGAAACUUGAGGAAUUGAGGUCACAUUCUGUGAGAAGAAAUUUUUCACAACCUUUGUCUGUGAGUCUGAAACAUCGAUAUACGUGAGGUCCCCAUUUUCAUCCUGGAAAAGAUGAUAGAAUGGAAGAUCCAAUUCUUACAGCACCUUCUUCUACAGAUUCUGUAAAACAGAUUUUUAGCUAUCUGCUUUGUUGCAAUACCUAUCAUGUGGAGGGUGUUCUUCCUGACAUCUAACAUUUCCUUGAAAAUGCUCAAGUUAAAAUACCUCUCCCUUUUGUAAAGAGACACAAUGAAAUUUUGUCUUUUGGACAGGUAAAAGCACAGAAACCAUUAUUUUGUCCUGCAUUACCUUGCCUCAUAAAACAUAGUGUUACAGGACAAAAUGAUGGUUUCUGAUCCACAGCUUACUGUAUAACUUUGGUUACUACCGGGUUGAAAACCAGCAUACUUCUAUUAGAGGGAAAAUUGAAUGCUCAGUUUCUGGAUUACACAAACUUAAAAGAUCCAUUAAUUACAAAGUAAAAGGCAUUUCCUCCACAUACUGACUGUGGUUUAAAAUCUGGUUAUUUAAAUCUAUAUGCAUUUUGUUUCAAUUCCAAUAGAAUUUUUCUCCUUUUUUUGCUAUAAGUAUUCUCUACUUUCAUAACGUGUUCUACUUAUGUGUCAUUUUAGUGUGGGGGAAUAAUAACUUUUUAAAAUGUGGGUUUUAAUUUAAUAAUUUCUUAUCCUCAUAAGAGGCUGUCAUUUUUCUUGCAAUAAACUUGGUUUUAUGGUAAGUUUUUAGCUGUAGAAGAAGGCAAGAAUUGACUUCUUACCAUUACAAGACCAUUGAACUCUUCUACUUCUUUGACCUUUUCUGUUGUCUGUGCAGAACCUGGGAACUCCUUGGCAGUAUGAGGAGCUGAGAUGAAAUGUUACUUUCUCCUCAACUGCAGGAAGGCAAUUUUCUUUCCUUGCUUCUCUUCGCAUUCCCCUUGGAUAGGAUUCCCUCUAUGUUUUAUAGAUGUCAGAUUCCUCAAAAGUUAAAAUGCAGCCGCCUCUGUAAUUAAUAGGAGUGCAAGUUAUUGCUUAUGUAGCACUGAGGUCUUUAUUUAUGCAAAAUAACCUUCAGCUUUUCAGGUUUUUUAUUUGCUCUGUAGUAAUGUGGGGAUUUUAUUUUUGUGUGUGUGAUUGGUUUUUUUCGUUUAGUUAUUCAGGGAUCUUAGAGUGGGCAUUAUAGUCAAUAAAUAAUUGAUACGUAAUAUGUAGAUGUAUUUAAGGCUGGUUCUAGCAGUCAAUAGCAUUAUUUCAUGUUGUACAGGAGGAGAGGUGGAAUCUGGUUCUGUUCUCAUGCUGGUUUGAAAUUGUUUUGCAAGGACAUGCCAUGUAUUAUAUCUUGGUUCCAAGUUUCCUUGGUCACGAGUUUCUACCUUUUGCUAGGUAGAAAAAUCUACACCAAUAGGAUUUAACAGUUUCUGUGUUUAAAAACUUGUUACCAUAGUGCUGUGGGGGAUUGUUUUACCAGUAACUAUCAAAAAAUACAUAUAGCUUGCUGGAUACAUUGGGAUCUUAGCCUGUUUUUGAGUUGGGGAAUACACAUCUGCUGGAGACUGUUGUGGUUGUGAACCAGUCUGUGUCACUAAAAACAUCUGUCCAGUUGUUCUUCAGUUUGAUUUUGAGAUUUCAGAAUUCAUCUAUAUAAAUGUAUUACUCAAGUCUUGGCACAUAGUAACAACAAUUUCCAUGGAAGAAUUAUUACAUAGUAAAUACUUUUUAAGAUGAAGUCAUGUUUCUGAAGUUGCCAAAGAAAGUUUGUAUGUUCUGUUAGAGUCGCAUUUCUUGUAUCAUGAAACAAACACACAUUUGACCCAGGGUUCAAGACACCUACUCCUAAGUGCUUCUUUUUGCAAUUCAUAAUUUACCGAAUGUCACUUCCCUGUUUUCCAAAUGCUUUAGAGAUCAAAGAAGUAAACUCUACAGCAAGUACUAUAAUAAACAACAAAAAAAAA